AUGUGGAGUAUCACUAUGGGGAAAACCUUUUGCUCGAUAACAGUUGCUGCAUAUGUUCCUCUGUGUGAUGUUUUGAAUUGUCUGAUGGGCGUUGCUGCUGUGGUGCAUCUUUAUGUUUUCCCAGCAAAGCCUUAUAAGCGUGGGGAAAGAUGUGUUAGGAAUGUAGCUGUGCUGUCAGACUAUGCUGCUCUGGACACCCCACCAGAUCCAGAGGAAGUUCGGGACUGUGAAAGGUCUACCCGUGCACGCAUUUCUCGGCCUGAAGAGAGAGAGAAGCGUCUAAAAUUUCACCAGAGUGUUCGUGAUGUAGUUGUUGGAAGUGGUGAAAUAAUAAUUGAUGAUAUGAGGUUCACAGUAUCUCAUGUUGCCGAACCAGUUGAAAGGGGAAUUGCUAAAAUAAAUAAGACUUUCCAUCAGAUAUCAGAAAACGUAAAACGGUAUGAAGAGAGGAGGAGGAACUCGAAGGAUGACAGUUAUGUUGUUCCGCUGAACUCAUGGACGAAUGAGUUCUCAGAAGUACAUGAUGAUCUUGUUGAAGGGAGUAUGAGUGACAGUGGGAUGCAUGGCAAGAGACCACAUCAUCAAUCCAAAGGGAUGUCAUCCCUACGGAGAUAGUAAACCUUUAAUCUGACCUAUAGAAAAGUUUAGAUUUCAUCUUCUAACCAUAUUGUUCAUUCAGUAUCCACUGUGGAAGUUUUCCACAGUGAGAUAAUAUGGUAAGCAACCUAUAUUAGUAGUGCAUGUGAUCAUUGAGAAGGCACCUGUCAGGGUUGAAGUAGUGGAAAGAUUUGAAUAGCUGAUGAUUUUCAUAUGUAAAGUUUGGAGGAAAAUUCAGAUAAUGACAUGGGUGGAGUAAACUGAUUAUAUAGUUUGUAGCAGGAGGUGAAAGAAAAUUUUCAGCUACUAAGUUCCGAC